CAUGAGUUAUGAAUACAGAAUUUCAAUUGAAAAAAAAUAACAACUCAUUCAGUGAUCAGUGUGUUCGCGUUUCUUCUCGGGGAUGGACGUGUGCUUUGUUCGUGCACUUCAAGGUCAAGAUGGCGCGAUUACUAUUGGUGCUGCUACUAGUGGUGCUGGGCGCGCCAGUAUACUUCCUCUUCUUCAAGAGCCCUCCCGCGCCACCAGAAAUCGAUCUUGACGAAUGGUGGGGGCCCGAUCAACUGAAGACGAAGCAUGACACCAGCAUUAAGCCAUUUAAAGUCAAGUUCGAUGAAACUAUGAUAAAAGACCUAAAAGACCGUUUGAAGUCACAUCGGCCAUACGUCCCGCCGUUAGAGGGCGUCGGCUUCGAGUAUGGGUUCAACAGCAAGCAGAUGAACAGCUGGGUCAAGUACUGGGCCGAGGAGUAUCCCUUCGCUGAGCGCGAGCAAGUUUUCAACAAAUACCCACAGUUCAAGACUAACAUUCAAGGUCUGGAUAUUCACUUCAUCAGGGUCAAACCUGAGGUGCCAGCUGGAGUCCAGACAGUUCCCUUAUUGCUAUUGCACGGCUGGCCGGGUUCAGUACGAGAGUUCGACGCGGCCAUUCCUCUACUCACAGCUGUCAGCAAGGACAGGGAUUUUGCCCUCGAACUCAUAGUGCCUAGCUUGCCUGGAUAUGGAUUCUCUUCUCCGGCAGUACGCCCUGGUCUCGGCGCUGACAAGAUGGCCGUCGUGUUCAGGAAUCUGAUGCAUCGACUUGGCUUCAAGAAGUACUACAUCCAGGGAGGAGACUGGGGAGGAAUCAUCACUGGUAACAUGGCUACUCUAUUCCCACAGGAUGUUCUCGGCUAUCAUUCAAACAUCGCGUUCUCGAUGACUCCAAGAACCACGUUGAUUCAAAUCCUGGGAUCUAUCUACCCACCUCUAGUGAUAAGGUCUGAUUUGGCAGACCGCAUGUAUCCAUUGUCUAAGAAAUUCUCCAAUCUUGUUGAAGAAAUGGGAUACUUACAUAUUCAAUCAACCAAACCAGAUACUGUUGGUGUAGCACUCACUGACUCUCCAUCUGGUCUUUUGGCCUACAUCCUGGAGAAGUUCUCGACAUGGACGAAGCCGGAGUACAAACUCCUAGCCGACGGCGGCCUUUACUCAAGGUUCACUAAGGAACAGCUAAUAGACAACCUGAUGAUGUACUGGUCCAGCAACUCCAUAACUACGGCUAUGAGAUUGUACUCGGAGACAUUCAACAAAAGAUAUUUUGGAUUGAAAAUUGACGAGAUCCCAACACCAGUACCAACUUGGUUCCUACAAGCUAAGAACGAGAUCUCUUACCUACCAGGUUGGAUUUUGAAGCUUAAAUAUAUAAACCUCAUAAAUGAGACCAUAGUAGAUGAUGGUGGUCACUUCUUCGCCAUGGAGAUGCCGAAAUUCUUCUCCGAAGACGUCCUCAAAGCGAUCGGGGAGUUCAGAAAAUGGCACAAACAGAACAAUAUUAAGACUGAACUGUAAACCAUGUUGUUUAACUUUUUAAAAAUAAAAGUGUUUUGUUGA